AUGGAUCCUCGGUUUUCAUCUGUUGCCUCGAAGCUAGAAUGCUUCCCAUUGCAUUGGAAAUUUGGAAUCGUAUUGCAACGUUCAUUUCCAGGCAACGAUCGUUUGUCUCAUCACUUAAGGGCUCAGGAGUGGAUUUGUAGAGACGAAGUGUUUUCGCUGGACCCGAAGCUAAAUUUUCGUCCAAUCGCGUCUUUGGUUCCAACUUUCUGGGGCAAGACGUGGAAUCCAGAGGAGAGACUGAAGGUGGAUGGAGUCCAGUCAGUUCAACAGUUAAGUUACAACAAUGCUCGAACUUCGUAUAAAUUAUGUUCUGAAUCACCUCUGAUGUCUGAUGAUGAAAUAGAUGACGUGGGACAUGCAGCGUACCACAGAUUACGUUUGGUAAUCAAGGGGAAUUCCUCAAGUCAGGUCGAUCAACCACUGAGCGGGCCCAAGGAACCCCGAAAUAAGGGAACAGCAGGGGUUUGCGGCGUUGCCCCUCUAAUUACUUCUACUAAAGAUGGGGUCGGACAACAAAGCACUCACUUCUCAGCAAAUACCUGA